AUGUCGACCGCAUCGUCUUCAAAAGUCGUCCCCGCAAAGCCAUGGACGCAUUUCGUAGCCGGAGGGCGCGUAUUGGUUCCUGAUUUCAUCUGCCAGCUGGUAUUGACAUCGAGUCUGGGGCGCUUUUUACAGGCUUGGAGGCAUUCCGACUUGUUCCAGAAACAACCAGCUGCGUCGUCGACGCCGCACGGCGCAGCAGUGAGCGUGGUGCGGAAUGGAGUGUCGGGAAGCGCAGUGCUUCAGGCAGGAGCAAUACCGCGACAAAGAGGUCUGCUGUACAACUUUGUAGAGACUGUCCAUAUCAUUCGUGACGUAUACGUGCAUGAAUCCCCGAGGGCCCUGUUCAAGGGCCUUGGUCCUACCCUCGUCGGCGUCGUACCUGCUCGUUCCAUCAACUUCUAUACAUAUGGGAACGGCAAGCAAAUCAUCGCGAAUACCUUCAACAAUGGCCAGGAGAACAGUCUGGUCCACCUGACAGCAGCAGCGAUUGCUGGUGUCGCAACUGGAACCGCAACGAAUCCCAUUUGGGUCGUCAAGACACGACUGCAGCUGGUACAGGGCUACGCCAAAGGAUCAGGACCAAAAUCGACCAUGUCGGGUGCGAGUGCGAGCUGGGUGUGCAUAAAGCAGAUCAUGAGGGAGGAGGGCAUUCGGGGGUUCUACAAGGGUCUCAGUGCGAGUCUUCUUGGUGUGACGGAAGGAACAAUCCAAUGGGUGCUAUACGAGAGGCUGAAGCGAUUGACGGCUGCGACGGAAGGAAAGGGCGGCGUUCUGGAGUGGGUUGGAAUGAUUGGGAGCGCUGGCGCUGCGAAAUGUGUCGCUAGCUUGAUUACUUACCCUCACGAGGUUAUCCGAACACGGCUACGACAACCACCACCAAAGAAUGGACCUCCAAAAUACACUGGCCUGUACCAAACGCUGCGGGUGGUCAUCGCGGAGGAGGGUGCUCGUUCUCUUUACGGGGGUCUCAGCGCCCACAUGAUGCGAGUCAUUCCCAACGCAGCCGUCAUGUAUGCCAUCUAUGAGGCCGCCUUGAGAUGGAGCUCAUCAUCGUCAUAA